UUUGGGGGGACCUGGUAAAAAAAUGGCGACUAAAUCAAAACCACGACAGAAAAAUAUAAGAGCUGCAUUGGAAAAGUCCAGUUUCGACUCUUCCGCCGUCGAAAUAAAGUCGGCAAAACACCGACAAAAACGUGCAGAUAACACGUUUGAAACGUCCAGCAUAGACUACACCGCCGUCGAAGAAAAGCUGUUCGGCCAUGUAGAGGAAGACGAGGACAGUGACGAUGGACCAGUAGUCUUCAUCUGCGGGAAGUGCAGGUUACCUGUUGGGGAUUCACUGGCCUGGGAUGGAAGCGAAGACGGCCAAAACCAAAUUAAACUGAAGCGGGUCACUGAAAACGUCUUGGUUGGAGAGGACACUAGACUAUAUGAUGCAGGCAAAAAAACUCUCUGUCUGAUCAAAGAUCUCUUCUGUCAAGGCUGCCACUCUCUGCUUGGCAUGGUUUACGCAUCAACGCCUAAGCGCCUGGACCACAAGAGAUUUGCAUUCUGUUUCAAUGUAGCCGAAAUCGACAGCUAUGUGCUUGGCUCUGCAAGCCAGAUGUUGGCAGCAGAGGGCCCCAAAGAGCAGCUGGUCACAGUGGAGUACAGAGGCAUUGUUGAACAACAGCUGACAGAGAUGAAAAUGCUGGUCUUGUCCAUGGCACAGACGCUGGAAGAGAUUGAAACUGGCCUUCAGGACUGAUGUGAUGAGGUGUGACAGUGAUGGACGUCAACUUGUCUGGGUGGGUCCUUUGUCCAGGUGUUGAACAUGUGGAUUUAAUGUCCUCACUCCUCGCUCCUACCUUUUAUACUAAGGAUUCCUCCUCUAAGUUUCAUCUCAGCUACAUUCCCUCAGUAACACAUUUUGUCCUAGCCUCACCUUGUGCACAAACAUCUACACACACACACAUACACAGCUUCCACUCCGCUUUGUUCUGAUUACCGAUGGUGAAACAAAGACUGGCUGCACUUGUAAUCAAUCAUGUUGUCAGCUCGGCUCCUGUGGCUCAUGGCACCAUCUUCUCUGUGUGUGUCAGUGCAGAGGGAAUGUGCGCGAAGAGAAGAAUGUUUAUUUGUGCAGGAUUUCAUCAGGCAGGCUGCUCACUCAGCACAAUGCUGUAUCGAUCGGGCCAUCCAAGGCCACACACACUUCUUCUUUGUUCUCUUCCUCAAGCAUGAAGCCUUAAAGGCAGACGGGAUUGCUGAAUAUAUGCUUUCAAUGGCCAGAACUGAACAGCACUGAAUUUGUAUUGAAACAAGGUGAGGCACAUUAUUAGAUAAUUCUUCACAUAGGAAUUAUCCAAAGAUAUUUUUCAAAUAUCGCCAGAAUUUAAAAUAAACAGCAGUUUGCAUCCCUUGUUACAUUAACUCCUUAUUCCUUAUUUUUGUUUGUUUGUUCACAGUUGUACAAACCUGUUUUUCUCUCAUGUAUUUUUGUGUAAUAAAGUAUU